AUGACGUUACAAGGACUUGACAAGCAUCUAAAAAUCGCAUGUGAUAUGCCGGAGUUUAAGAGAGGUGAUAGGUGGCAGGACCUCGAUAUUAUGAAUUGGACAGUCAUAGACAAGUUCCAAGAGCCAAUCCAAACAGAUAGCGCGUCAUGUGGAUUGUUUAUGUUAAAUUGUAUGGAGUAUUGGACUGGAGAUAUUUUGUCUGAUAAUUUCACUCAGGAGGACAUGAAAGAAUUUCGACGAAAAUUAGCUGUCAUAUUGUUGGAGACAGAACUUAAUAAGUUAAAAGGAAGUCCAAUAUAUUAUCGGACUGACAAUGAAGAAAAUGUAUCUGACAAUGAAGAAAAUGUAUCUGAUUCUGAUGUUGAGUUUCUGGAGGACCGAAAGCGUAAGCGGCAAGAUUCACAUGAUGGAGCCGAAGACAAAAGCCCCCUUCGGAACCCCAUCAUGGCCGCGGACCCGCAAGAUUUAGUUGAUGAACUAUGCAACCACAUCAUGUCAAUUAAUGAUGCUACUUCCUUGGAGAGUGGGUGCGAAGUUCUAAACCCCAUCCGAUAGGAUUAAGUCUUAGAAGGAUCCAAGGUAUACUCCGCAGGGACCAGCCGUUGGACAUUGAUUGUUUCAACAUGGCU